UUUUCGCCUUGAGGAAUGGAACAACUUUCCCCUUCACAACUCUCAGUGAUACGGCGUGAAUCUGAAUUAAUCAUUCCAGCAACAGCUACUCCUCGUGAAAUAAAACAUCUCUCAGACAUAGACGAUCGAGAAGGUCUGCGUUUUCACAUAUCUAAUUUAUUUUUUUACGAACACAACCCUUCAAUGGAAGGGAUAGAUCCUGCUAAGGUGAUUAAAGAUGGAUUAUCAAAAGCACUAGUAUUUUACUAUCCAUUAGCUGGUAGGCUCAUCUUAGGGCCUAAGGGGAAGCACAUGGUGAAUUGCAAUGGUGAAGGAAUAUUGUUUACAGAAGCCUAUGCAGAUGUGGAGCUUGAUAUGUUAGGGGAAUCCAUAAAACCUCCAUGUCCAUUCUUGGAGGAUCUGCUGUACAAUGUACCAGGUUCUGAUGGGAUCACUGAUUGCCCUCUUAUGUUGAUUCAGGUUACCCGUUUUACUUGUGGUGGAUUUGCAGUAGCAGUAAGAGUUAAUCAUACAAUGGUUGAUGCCUUUGGCUUAGUUUUAUUCCUAAAUGCAGUAACUGAUUUUGUGAAAUUCAAAGCCUCUGCUCCUUCCAUCAUACCCGUCUGGCAAAGGGAUACCCUAAAUGCGAGGCCAUCACCACGCAUUACAUGCAAGCAUCACGAAUUUGAGGAAGAAAUUGAAUCAACAAAUGCAUGGUUAAAAUUGGAAAAAGAAUUGAUUCAACGUUCAUUUUUCUUUGGUGAAGAGGAGAUAGAAGCUAUCCGUAAUCAAGUUUCACCAGUUCAUCGUUCAAGUGGACGAUUUGAGUUAUUAACCUCGUUUUUAUGGAGACAUCGAACAAUUUCACUCAAUUUAAAUCCUGAAGAAAUUGUGCGGCUGACAUAUUUUGUUACAGCCCGUGGGAGGUUUGAACAUUUGAAAAUACCGCACGGAUAUUAUGGCAACGCGUUUGCUUUUCCAGCAGCAGUGUCAAAAGCAGGACUUUUAAGUACAUAUCCGCUGACUUAUGCACUUGAGUUAAUCAAGAAAGCCAAGAAUCAAGUGAAUGAAGAGUAUUUUAGAUCUAUGGUAGAUUUUAUGGUAAUUAAAGGGAGACCUGGCAUAACACAAUCAUGGAAUUUUGCUAUUUCAAACACUGCUUAUGUAGGAUUUGAUAAGGUUGAUUUUGGAUGGGGAGAACCAAAGUAUGGUGGGGCUGCUAAGGUUGAUUCUUGUUUUAGUUUCUUUGUGGCUUUUAAAAAUUACAAGGGGCAGAAAGGCAUUCUAACAACAAUAAGCUUGCCUCCAAAAGCUAUGGAAAGAUUUGAAGAUGUUAUGUACAAGCUGACUUCAAAUGUCAAGCAACUAUCAAAGCUUUAACAAGGUGUUUGGAUUGCCACUUAAAAAUAUAUGUUCUUAGUUUAUUAGAUCAAUUUACGUGUUUGGAUAUAGUUCUGAAAUAAUUAAUAUCCUCUGUGUUGGAAGUUUGGAUU